ACUGCGGCAACUUUGAUGGUUUUUUUCCUGGCCAUGGUAUUAUAUCCAGAAGUUCAGAAACGCGCACAAGCGGAAAUCGACUCAGUGGUUGGAAAAGAACGGCUGCCAACGUUCGAGGACAGAGCAUCGCUACCCUACAUCGAAGCAGUCAUGCGAGAGACUUGGCGAUGGCAGCCUGUUGCGCCCCUUGGCGUACCACAUGCUGCCUCAAGUGAUGACGUAUAUGAUGGGUACUUCAUUCCAAAAGGCGCAAUCAUCACGUACAAUACAUGGUCUGAUAUGUUCCUCCCAGCUUCCCGGUACCCCGACGCAUCUAGUUUCAUACCAGAGAGGUUCCUUAACAGCGAUGGCGCGUUGACAAAUGAUGACCCUGCAGAAUACAUCUUCGGCCUUGGCCGGCGUGUAUGUCCAGGU